UGGGUCCUGGUCCGAAACCAUCGCCGCUGCCCGGACCCUGGAGCUGCAGGGGUGUGUGACAGGGAAAACUCAUCGGUGUUGAAACCCAGGGCUCGUGCCUACUGGAACCCCAGGAAGCCCGCGUCUCCAGACGACGACGAUGGUGAAAGAGAAGAAAAAGGCCGACAAGAAAGGGGAUAAGUCUGCCCGCUCGCCCUCCUCCCUCACCGACUACCCAGAGUUUUCCAGACAAGAUGGCAGCGCCGGCCGGCAGGACGCAUCCCCCAGUCGGACCCCGAUCGUGGAAAAGCAGCCCAGCGAAAUCGAGGUCCAGGCAGAAUCCAUAAACGAGAUCCCGAAGGAAGACACCACGCACUACGAAGAGCCCAUUCUGACCAAACUCAUCGUGGAAAGCUACGAGGGCGAGAAAGUCCGGGGACUGUUCGAGGGUGAGGGCUUCGCUGUCUUCCAGGGAGGCUGCACCUACCAUGGCAUGUUUUCAGAAGGACUCAUGCACGGACAAGGGACGUAUAUCUGGGCGGACGGAUUGAAAUACGAGGGCGACUUUGUGAAGAACGUCCCCAUGAACCGUGGCACGUACACGUGGCCCGACGGCAGCACCUACGAGGGCGACGUGGUCUACGGAAUGCGCAACGGCUUCGGCAUGUUCAAGAGCAGCUCGCAGCCGGUGUCCUACAUCGGCCACUGGUGUGACGGCAAGAGGCACGGCAAGGGCUCCAUUUAUUACAAUCAAGAUGGCACCUCCUGGUACGAGGGAGACUGGGUGGACAACAUCAGAAAGGGCUGGGGGAUAAGAUGCUACGAAUCUGGAAACAUCUACGAAGGCCAGUGGGAAGACAACAUGCGUCAUGGGGAGGGCAGAAUGCGGUGGCUGACCACCAACGAGGAGUACACUGGACGAUGGGAGAAGGGGAUCCAGAAUGGCUUUGGGACGCACACGUGGUUCCUGAAGAGAAUCAUCAACUCCCAGUAUCCUUUGAGAAAUGAAUACAUAGGAGAGUUUGUGAACGGAAAUCGCCACGGACACGGGAAGUUCUACUACGCCAGCGGGGCCAUGUACGAGGGGGAGUGGGUCUCCAAUAAGAAACAUGGCAUGGGCCGACUGACGUUCAAGAACGGGCGCGUGUACGAGGGCCUGUUUUACAAUGAUCACAUAGCGCCGUGGCUGCAGCCCGAGAUGGAAUUGCCAGCUCACUUGCCGGCUCAGACGGACCUGCACAGCCGGGUCACCACCCAAAGCAGCCCGGCUGCCUCCACCAGCGCUGAAAUCAUCAGGAAACUGGACGGCAGUGAGGUGAGGUCCAUGCUGGGGACGAGCAUCGAGCUGGACCUCAACUGGUUGCUGGCCAAGUACCCUGAGAAAGACCGCGGAGAAGAGAAGAAGCAGGUGGAGUUUGCCAUCCUGAGAAACAUGACGGAGCUGCGACAGAUCUACAGCUUUUACAGCAGCCUCGGGUGUGACCACUCCCUGGACAACACCUUUCUGAUGACCAAGCUCCACUUCUGGAGAUUCCUGAAAGACUGCAAAUUCCACCACCAUCAACUAACGCUUGCUGACAUGGACCGGCUGCUCCAUGCCAAUAACGACAUACCGGUGGAAGAAACCCACUCUCCGUUUACAACGAUCCUCCUGAGAACGUUUCUGAAUUAUCUCCUGCUGCUGGCUUAUCACAUCCAGCACAAGGAAUACCAAAAUAGAAGCCCCUCGCUCUUCCUGUGUUUCACCAAGCUGAUGAUUGAGAACAUUCACCCAAACGCCUGCCGCGUGCAAGGCACCCUAUUCAGUGAGCAGCAGCGGACGCUCUACUCCAUGAAUUACAUCGACAAGUGCUGGGAAAUUUACGUCAUCUACUGCAGACCAAACGAGCUCCCCCCAGGGGAGCCGACCAUGAAGAUGAGAUACUUCCUCUGGAUGUUGAAAGACUUUAAAAUGAUCAACAAGGAGUUGACCGCGACAAAAUUUGUGGAAGUCUUAGCAAAGGAGAAUCCUUUCAUCUACGAUGGCGUCGACAGCAACUUUGAGCUCGAGCUGGUGUUCCUCGAGUUCUUCGAAGCGCUCCUCAGCUUUGCCACCAUCUCCAUAACGGAGCAGAUGACCAGAUCCUACCUGGCCAACGAGGAGCUGCUGGCCCACAGAUACGGGAGCACGCAGACCCUGGCCAACCAGAGCAUUCACAAUAAGAGUCCGAGCACCAGCCACGACUCUGACAUCAUCAAUUUCACCGGUUCCAUGUCGUCUGGGAUCCUGCUGGACAUGAGGAAAACCAGGAAGCCUGAGAACAAGAUCAAGAUGUCUACAAGUGAAGAAAAAAUUUCCAGAAUUAGUUUUAAACCUGCAGCCAAAGGGAUCUCUCUGUUCUCAUCUCAAAUUGCCCGCAGCGUCACCUUCGAUAACAGCUCAACGCCCCCAACUAACUCGGAGGCAGUCUACAAGCUCGACAGUAAAUACGACGUGGGGCCGCCGCCGUGUGACGAGAGCAUGCCCUUCAAGGACGGGCAAGAGAAACUGGACAAGCCCAAGGACGAACAGAAGGAGAAACUCAACACGUGGGUCAGCCACCUGUACAUCUUCUUUGUGAACACGCUCUUCCAGGCGUACAAGCAUGAAGAGACGCUGAAGGAGAAGGUCAAGGAGAACCGGCUGCGUCACGCCACGGCAGAGCAGCAGAGGCAGCUGGAGGACCAGGAGCUGGAGGCCAGGCUGGCGGUCCUGCGAGAGGAGGAGGCCCGCAGGCAGGACAUGGAGAUCGACAUCACUGUGAUCAAGGAACCGGUAGACACCUCGUCCUUGCAGCUGACACCAAGCCCCCCGAAAGAGGACACAGGGGUCUAG